AUGUCGAAAUUAUUCAUCGGAGGCCUUGCAUGGCAUACGGACGAGGUGACACUGAGGCAGAAGUUUGAGGAGUUCGGGGCAGUGGACGAAGCAGUGGUAGUGAAGGACCGCGACACUGGCCGUAGCAGGGGGUUUGGAUUUGUGCGGUACACCAACGAGGAGGACGCCCAGAACGCCAUCUCGUCAAUGAAUAACGUCGAGUUCGAUGGACGGCAGAUCCGCGUAGACAAAGCCUCGGACACUGGUCCUAGGGGUGGUGGGCGGGGUGGCUUUACAAACAGCUACGGCCAGGGCGGGUACUCUGGUAUGCCCGUGCCUGGGCCUGCCCCAGUCCCAGUCCCAGGCAUCGCGUACGGUAGCCAGCAGCCGUACGGAAUACAGCCAAACGUGUACCAGCAACCCUAUGGCCGGGGAUAUGCCCCGCAAGCACCCGCCGGAUAUGCCAUCCCCCCCCAAGGUUGGGCAGCUCCCCCUUACGGGUACCCGGAUCCAUCUCUGCAGGGCCAACAACAGCAACCGCCGCCUCCUCAACCGCCGAACUCGGGUUCGCCGCAGGGGGGUUAUUAA